AUGAACCCUUUUGUCGAUCAAAUAACUCGCGAUUUCGCUGAUCGUUUGUUGAAAAGUGAUAUACUUGAGGAAAGUGAUUUCGAGCGUGUACAAGAUCUUCUCGCCGUCACCGACUUCCAAUCAAUCAUCUCGUGGAAAAGUGCACUAUUUAUCGGUGUCCCUGCUUGUGGUGCCUUGUUUUUGCCGAGAAAUUGGUCUCUCGCCGUCUCGCUCCCGUCUCUUUCAAUUCUCGGUGUCACUUGUGCUCAUUUCUACCAGAAUUCUCGUCUCAUUCGAUCAUCAAGAGCUCUAGAUGAAUCUUUCAAUCGAUGUCUACAUGAAAUUCAAACACGACAAAGCACUUCUUUUGGCCUUAGCUUAUCGGGAAACUCGUUGAACCGAUGUCGACAUCAGGUUACGGAAAUUCUUCAAUCAUUGUCCAAGGAUCUACGAAUAAGAAUUCGAAAUUUGUGUCCAACCCAAGAUGAGACGAAACAUUUGUAUGAGAACUUUUUACCAAAAGAAGCUAAAGCUUUGCUUGGUGAUGAAAAUGAGGAAAAUCAAACGUUUGUCAAUCUUAAUAGCAUAAAGACAUUGUGGGAGUUGUGUCGCCUGUUUCGAUCCGAAUUCUCUUUUCAUCUUUUCUGCAAAACGAGAUCCAAUUCGUGGAAUGCUUUUAAGGAGACAUGUGGAAUUCGGAGUACAUUCGACAAAGCUGCUUCUCAACUCACAAGAAUCGGAGACAAUUUGAAUGAUUGGAAACGAAUAGAGAAAACCGAACAAAAGACCUUAUUGGUGAAAGCUGAUGGGAUAAGCAGAGCGAAAGUUCAACUACAAGAAUUGCUGACAGCAAUCGAAAGCGGCGAACUCGAUGAGAAAAGCCUCGCCACUGCCAUUUUAAAGAUCUAUCAUCAAUUUUGUUCAUCAAACGCUUCAUUGAUUGGACUAAUUGAUGAAAAGGCAAAGAAAAAUCUCGAGCAAUCUCUAGAUGAAAAGUCUCAACCGGAAAAUAGCGACAUUUCUUACAUGUAUCAACCAAGAGAACAAGAUGAUCAGGUUCUGGAAGCGACUGCAUCGACAUCAAAUUACGUCAAUAGUUGGCAUACAGAAGAGAAUGACGAAUACUUUGACAAAGCAUCUGGACUCAUGAUUCUCAAAGAGCUACAGGAGGCUCUCGUUGACCGUGCAAAUGAAAUGCAAAUUAGAGAAAGAAAAGCUCUUGCCGCUUUCUACCAAAUCGACGAACGGGAAUUAGACGAGAAGAUUCGACAAAAUGAGAGCAUUUUGAAGGAAAAUCAAAGGAGAGAUGAUGAUGAUGGAAAUGAGGGGAUGAACGAAGAAACAAUACAAAAAAUCGAUAGAGAUCUCACCGUUCGACGUCUUCAUCAAUUGCCGAAUCUUUCCUCCGAACUCGCAAACGCUAUUCGAUCAUCGGUUCAAGUGAAAGAAGAAAUCUUGGAAACAUCUGACCUCUCGGAU